AUGGCAGCGAGCUACAUAGAACCAGAUACUUUAUCCUGCUCAAUAUGCUUGGAUAUCCUGAAGAACCCUGUGACUCUUCAUUGUGGCCACAGCUAUUGUAUGGACUGCAUAAAUGGAUGCUGGGACCUGGAGGAUCAGGGUGGUGUUUACUGCUGUCCUCAGUGUAGACACAGUUUCCCCAGCAGACCUGUGCUGAACAAGAACACAGUGCUAGCUGAUUUGGCAGGGAAACUUGGGGCACAGUCCUCUGCUCCUGUGAGGGAUGAAGUCGGUCCAGGAGAUGUGGAGUGUGAUGUCUGCACUGUUAAGAAGCUGAAAGCUGUUAAGUCUUGUCUGAUGUGUCUGGCAUCUUACUGUGCAACUCACCUGCAGCCCCACUAUGAGUCUGCAGCUUUCAAAAGGCACAAGCUGGUAGAAGUUUCUGCUUCCUUACAAGAGAAGAUCUGCACUAAGCAUGAUAGGCUGCUGGAAGUCUAUUGUCGAAGUGAUCAACGAUGCAUUUGCCAACUUUGUGUGAUGGAUGAGCACAAAGGUCAUGACAUUGUUUCAGCUGAAGCAGAGAGGAAAGAGAAACAAAAACGAUUUGGAAAGAAAACACAAAGGUACCAGCAGGGGAUACAGGAAAAUGAGAAGCAGCUCCAGCAGCUAAGACAGAAAAUGAAAGCACUGAAGUGUUCUGCACAUGCAGCAGCUGAUCAAAAUGAGAAAGCCUAUGCAGAGACAGUCCUGAAGGCGGAUAAAAGGCGGUAUGCUGUGAAGGAACAGAUUCAAGUUCAGGAGAAAGCUGCAAUGAGCCGAGCUGAGGCGUUUGUGGAUUGGCUGGAAGAGAACAUCUCUGAGCUGAAGAAGAGAGAGGAUGAACUGAAGCAGCUCUCACUCUCUGAAGAUGACAUUCACUUCCUGCAGAGCUACCAGUCUAUGUCUGACUGUCCAGAACCUGACCUGUCCUCUGAUGUCAACAUCCAGCUACACGUGUGUUUUGAUUUUCUGACAAAGGCCAUUUCUAAUUUGAGAGAGAAUACAGAAAGCAUGACGCAGGAUAUUGGAGAAAUAUCUAAGACAGUUCAAGCUGUUCCUGUUUCAUCAAUCAACAUAGGCACCCUGAAGAAAAUGCUGAAGCAAUACAAAUACAGAGACCUGACUGUUCGUGACAUAACCAAUGUGAUCUCCCAGUACAACGAUUUGAAGCCAGUUAUGGAUGCUUAUGUGUUCACAGAUGGCUCCACAAAAGACCUGAUGAGUUUAACAGGAACAAUCCCAGUAAGCUACAGAGGCAAUGUCUACAACAUCCCAGUGUGUCUAUGGUUAUUGGACACAUACCCCUACAAUCCUCCCAUAUGUUUUGUCAAACCUACCAGUGCCAUGAUGAUCAAAACUGGCAAACAUAUUGAUGCCAAUGGCGAGAUCUACCUGCCUUAUCUACAUGAGUGGAAGCACCCUCAGUCGGACUUGAAUGGUCUCAUUCAGGUGAUGAUUGUGGUAUUUGAAGAUGAUCCGCCUGUGUUUUCUCGUCCCAGUGGGGGGGCUUCCUGAAGCCCCUUGACAAACUACUUUGGUAUUUGUUUGCCAGUGUGUUCAAACUAUAAUAUGAAACUAUUGCGCUUUAAAAUGUCUAAAAACAACUAGAUAACUAUGUAUUUUGGUCAGUUGUGUAGCUACUUAUAUUAUCCCAAAUGUUUCCAACAAUUUUAAAACUCAGCGAAAUCCAUCAUUUUAAUCAGAUAAUGGUCUGAUUAAUUUUGUUGCCUAG